AUGUGUCUCAGCAUCAACUUCUCGCCCAGCGCAUGGCAAGACCCUCUCUCCAUUCAACAUUCUUUCAUCGAGUACAUCUGCGAAGCUGCGUACAAGUAUCGUCUCCAAUCAGCCGCUCACUACAACAUCCCUAUCGAAGUAUGCCAAGCCACCCAUGCCUCGAACCCAGAUCGACUUGCGGACAUCGACAGAGACUUCAUGCUUUACGUGGGCUUCUACAACUUCGGCACCGACCCUGUCUUCGCCGUCUGUCGCCCGAAGAUCGCGAAGCGUGGACGCGAAAAGGGAAAGGUCAUGAAGGGAGCGGUGCAGGUAUGGUCGAGGAACAAGUUCGUACCGCUUGUGCGUUUCUUCGAAGCUGAGUUUCCUCCGCUUGAUGGGCCAGUGGCGGACGAAAUCAUGUACCAGUGGUGGCAUGCCAACGGCGAUACCUUCAAUUGGACCUCACUGCCCACUGAGGUCAAAGAGCGAAUCCUCAUGUUCUGCAUGCAUCGUUCUCCGCCGCUACCUGUCCAGAAGAAGUCCAGAGGCCGCGUCCGCCAUGUCAAGCAAGGCGCACCUGAGAUCGUUGGCCAGUUGGGCAAAUGGGCUUCCCUACUCACCGUGUCACACCAAGUUCGCGCGAUCAGUCUUCGCCUGUGCUUCGCGGGAAGCAGAGACUUGGAGUUCAGCAACGGCCUGUGCAUCGUGGCCGAAAGCUUGUUCAGCUUCAAGCGCAGCAUUCGCAGACUAGACAAGCAUCGUCAAUUGACGGAAGUGAACAGUCUUCCGACCGAUGACAAGAACUGGGAGCUCGAGCAGACGUACAAGUCUUUUCCGAAGCUUUACCCACACCUGAACCGAUACGCAACCUUCUACCACGGUAUCCGAAAGAUAUACCUCCAACUCUCCUUCAUUGACGGACUAUAUUUCUUCAAAGUGACCGCUGGUUCUUUCGCGCAACACCUAAAGCCACGUCAACUCAGCUACGAAGUGUUCGAGACAAUUCCACACUUGAAUGAGUUGAUAUUCAAGCUACCAGAUGCUACUGGAUAUCUGGAAGAUGAUUUCCGACAGCAGCCAGUCAGCAUCUUUUAUGGCGAACCAUUCAAUUGUCCCCGUACCCUGCACCGACUCAUCUACGAGAGCGCGGCUAAGGUUUUGGCCCCGUACAAGGUCGUCAAGUUUCACGGGUUCAUGGACGAGGAAGAGCAGGUUCGAUUCUUGAAGCUCCGCGACGUCGCUAAGAAGAGUUUAAGGAUUACUACUGAAGAGCUGGAAGAGCUAUAUAAGGAAGAAAUGGGGGGAAUAGAGCUGGGAGAAAGUGUUGUUCCUGGCGUUGAGAAAGAAGAGCUUGUGAAAGAGGUGCGCGAUGUCAUCUACGAUGAGUUUUGGCCGCCCAAGUGUCGCUGUGAGAGGUUGUGCCGAGAGGUCAUUCAUUCGAGCUAUGACUGA